GCUCAAUCCUAGUGGGAAUUAGUGAGCGGGCGGGCGAGCGAGAGGGAACCCCAGGAAGAAAAAUACGUGAUUGAAUAUUUUUAUAUAUGUUCAGCUUUAAUCCGCAGUCUGCGGGCCUAAUCCUGGCUGAGAGUCGGAUGCCGGCCAGCAAGGGACUCCGAAGAACUUGCAAGUCACAAAGGGUUCAACUUUCUCUUCAAACUUGAGAGCCAAAGUUUUCUUAGAAUGUAGGGUCAUUGUUGUCGCGACCUGCAGGAGUGAUCACAAUGAACAGUAGCAUGGAGGUUAAGAAAGAUACAACGGAGCGGUUUGGGAUCCCCUCAGAAUCUGUAGUGCCUCCCCCCAUGGAUUUGGAAGAUGAGAUUGAGGCUCCUGUUGAUCCUGGAGAAGAUGCUUCCAUUAUCCAACAAUUGCCCACCUCUCCUGGAGACAACCAGGCCCUCCAGAAGCUUCCAGAGCUGGAUUCAGGGUCCAAUUACCUCAGAGCAGAAGAGAUCAGGAUUGGCCUGGAUGGGGAUGGAGAGUCCAGAAGAUGUUUAGAACCCCAGGAUGUCACUUCUUUGGAUCCUGAGGUGUCCAGGAAUGGUAUGGAGGAGGGUGCCAAAGCUUCAACUCAGGAAGAGAACAUAUGCUGGACAUCCAAACCAGACCAGGUCUCCACAGAGGUAGAGGGUAACCUCAAGACUUCUGUUGACCAGGGUGAAAUUCUAAAGGAGCUAGAGGAGAAGGAUGUGGAAGAGGAGAUUCCAGAGGCUGACCAGGCCGAGUUCUUAAAGCUUUUUGCCCAGCUGCAGAGACUUAACCCUGGCUUCCAUGACAAGUUGCCCACUUCUGAAGAUGACCUCUUGGCUGCCUCUGACAGCGAGGAAAGCCACGGGUUAGGAGAUGGAGACAGGCGACCCCUCCUUGAGCAUGCUGAGGACCUCCAGGGACCUCCAGACAAAGGUGCCCCUUCUCUACUCCAUGUGGCCACAGGGCAAGGCCUUCGGGCAGCUGCUCAGCAUCUCCUGAGAUCUGUCCAGGGACAAAGAAGUGGAGAAUUGCUUUCCUCAGAAGCCAACCGGGAGGACUUCCUCAGCCUCCUCCAUUAUGAAGGGGGCAUAUCCAUGGAGGAGGAUGACCGGAUCGCUCUCGUACAUUCAGAUGUGAUGAUUGGAAUUGGCUGUCAGAAAAUGGAAGUUGAGGGAAGGGCUGUGGCCCCAGAGAAGGUCCCUUCAGAGCCUGCCUGUGAUGAUCUGGAAGAGAGAAGAAGGAAAGUGCGUAGGCCCAGCCCGAGGCUGCUAAAAGAAUCCACUGGCUUGGAAGCAGCUGCAUCUUCUGACUCCAACUUGGAGGCCAGCAGCUGGGAAGGCUCCCCCAAUCCAAGUUGGCUAGCGGUGGGGGAGCCCGCGCUGAACCGCACAGAGGAUUCCUCUCCCACCUCCGAUCCAGUGAAUAAAGCCAAUCUGUCAUCUUUCCCACCUUAUAAAGAUGUCCCAGGCCCCUGUGAGCCCGAAGAUCUGUUGGAUGGGGUGAUCUUUGGAGCCAAAUAUCUGGGUUCUACGCAGCUUGUUUCCGAGAAGAACCCAUCCACAAGUGUCCGCAUGGCACAGGCCCAGGAAGCUGUGGACAGGAUUAAGGCUCCUGAAGGAGAAUCCCAGCCAAUGACCAAAGUAGAUCUCUUUGUCUCCACUCAACGGAUCAAGGUCCUCACUGCUGACACACAGGAAACCAUGAUGGAUCACCCCCUCCAGACCAUCUCCUACAUUGCCGACAUUGGGAACAUUGUAGUGCUCAUGGCCCGUCGAAAGCUCCCUCGCCGGGCAGAUGCUUCCACCGAAAAACAGCUGUACAAAAUAAUCUGCCAUGUCUUCCACUCAUCUGACGCUCAGCUGAUAGCACAAGCCAUCGGGCAGGUCUUUAGUGUGGCUUACCAGCACUUCCUGCGGGCCAGCGGCAUUGACCCCAGCCAGCUUGGCUCCACGGAAGACCAGAAUGAUGAUGACAAGGAUACUGACCAGAUCGAGGGAGAGCAGCUAUAUAAUGGAGAUCUGGCUCACUUCUCCAAGCAAGAAAACUGUAAGGAAGUUGCCAUCUCCAAAGAGAAGGGUGAGAUCCUAGGUCUGGUGAUUGUGGAAUCUGGUUGGGGAUCCAUCCUUCCCACUGUGGUCAUUGCAAACCUGAUGCACAGGGGAGCAGCCGAGCGAUCCGGCAAGCUGAGCAUUGGGGACCGCAUCAUGUCCGUCAAUGGGACGAGCCUUGUGGGCCUGCCCCUCGCCUCAUGCCAGAAUAUCAUACGGGAUUUGAAAAACCAGACUGAAGUAACCCUCAACAUCGUUCAUUGCCCUCCUGUCACUACAGCAAUCGUUCGAAGGCCUGGCACAAAAUAUCCCCUGGGUUUCUCCGUGGAAAACGGCAUUAUCUGCAGCCUCAUGCGUGGCGGGAUUGCAGAACGUGGCGGCGUCCGCGUGGGACAUCGCAUCAUCGAGAUCAAUGGGCAGAGCGUGGUGGCUAUGCCGCACGAGAAGAUCAUCCAUAUCCUUAGCCAAGCGGUCAGCGAGGUCCAUAUCAAAACCAUGCCAGCCUCCACCUAUCGUCUUUUAACUGGCCAGGAGCAACCGAUCUUCCUCUGAGGGGCUUUGCCGUGGCCACCGGCUUCCCGUGGCUGCUUCCUACAUUUGCUGCAACUCCCAGAUCUGAAGUCUGGGCUCGGUGCCCUGAUUCACAAGAGCUUCGUGUCUGUUUCUGGUGCACGAACCACCCAGCCACUGUUGUUGGUUUCCUUUGCUGGGGAAAUUUAUCUGGGGUGUGAACUUGGAAGUUGUGCCUGUUGCUCAAGGUUGGCUUCUAUGACUAGAAAGCAAGAGAUAUUGGAGAUUGAACCUUACACUUCAGUGCUGUGCUGUUCCUGAACUAAAAAGGAUGAACACUAGACUCUUAUCACUUCCAGGGGAGAGGAAUGGUGCAGGGUGGAAAGAAUUCCUUAUUCAUUUAAAAAAAAAAAAUCCUGAAGAUUGCAAAGCAGGUGGAGAUAUACAUUUUCCCAUUUCUCAAGGUCUUCUCUGUGACAGAGCCUUUUUCUUAAAACAAAAUAAGGGAAAUAUGAAAAUAUAGCAUUUGGUAAAUACUCUUUGAAGUGGUUCAGUCCAGAAUCAGGAUGCUCCCAUUGUUGUCAUGAUUGCCUGGCCAAUUUACAAGAUUCUGCCCAGCAAGAUUUAGGGUGCAGGAGACAAUCCACCCUGCUCUCCUUGGCUGUGGGGGAUCCAACCCCCCCAAAUUCAUUUCUGCAGUGAUACCAGUCUCACCUUUAGAAAAUGGGGCAAACUCUUCUGAUGUCUGGACUUCAAUACACUGCUGACAAUUCUAUAAGUUGCUUGGGAACUACUGUAUGGAUUUUGUUGCUUAAACUACUAAUACAAACUUCAAGACAACCAAAGUACUAAAUUUCCCAAAGCAUAUCAGAGAGGGAGAGAAAGUACUCUCUCUCUCUCUCUCUCUCACUCACUCACUAACUCACUCAUUCUCACUCUCUAUUCUCUGCACCAAAGAUUAGAGAAAUGGCUAUUCUUUGCUUUUCUAAAGCAUCUUCUUGCUUUGACUUGAGAAUGGGAAGUGUUGUAAGAGUUGAUACCUUUUGGCAAGACAAUCCCACGUUAAGCAGCUUUAACAGCUGAAGUUUGAACUUGUUUUGUAAAUGUUAAAGUAACAGCAGAAUUACAAGCUUCUCUCUAAAGCAGGGGUCUUCAAACCUGGCCCUUUUACGACUUGUGGACUUCAACUCCACGCUGGCUGAGGAAUUCUGGGAGUUGAAGCCCACAAGCAGUAAAAGGGCCAAGUUUGAAGACCCCUGCUCUAAAGCUUUCAGAAAUGACUAGGAAGUCUUAAAAGUUCUGGUUUGUUUUACCUUAUGUGCUAAGCCUGGGUCAACAUGUACUGAACCCCAGUUCCAAAAAAAGAAGAAUAAAAUCCACAAUGUUGUGUUUGCAUUGUUGUCCAAA